AUGGCGGGUGGUGGCACUCAGCAGAGCCUCAGGAAGUACCUCGGCGCCCUCAAGGACACCACAACUCUUUCCAUAUUUGAACCUCUGCUUCCGUCGUGCUUCACUCACUGCUGGCUCACCAUUUCUCCGGGACAACAGGAGCUGGACAUUGCAAUUGUGAAGGCCACCAACCAUAGCGAGCGUCCAUCGAGGGAGAAGUACAUAAGAGAGAUUUUCCUCUCCAUUUCUGCUGCAAGGCCAAGGGCCGAUGUAGCUUACUGCAUUCAUGCUCUAGCGAGGCGUCUUUCGAAGACACGAAACUGGGCGGUUGCGCUGAAGACAUUAAUUGUCAUACAUCGUGCCCUUCGCGAAGUUGAUCCCACGUUUCGUGAAGAGCUUAUUAAUUAUGGCAGAUCUAGAUCACAUAUGCUAAACAUGGCCUACUUUAAGGAUGAUUCUAGUUCAGGAGCUUGGGAUUAUUCUGCAUGGGUACGCACUUAUGCUUCAUAUUUGGAAGAGAGACUUGAAUGUUUCCGAGUGCUGAAGUAUGAUGUGGAGUCGGAUCCUCCGAGGACUCGGGAUCUUGAUACUGUUGGUGUGCUAGAUCACCUGCCACCACUGCAGCAACUUCUUUUCCGGCUUCUUGCUUGCCAGCCACAAGGGGCAUCAUCUUAUAAUGUUAUAAUCCAGCAUGCGCUUUCAAUGGUUGCUCUGGAGAGUGUCAAGAUCUACACUGCCAUUAGUGAUGGGACAAUAAAUCUUGUUGACAAGUUUACACCUCAUUACCUGUUGCAGUUCUUUGAAAUGCAAAGAAAUGACGCUGUUAGGGCCCUUGAUAUAUACAAAAGAGCAACUAACCAGUCUGAGAGAUUGUCAGAAUUUUAUGAAGUGUGUAAAACAAUACACGUAGCACGUGGUGAGAAGUUCUUGAAAAUUGAACAGCCUCCGGCAUCAUUCAUGCAAACUAUGGAGGAAUAUGUGAGAGAUGCUCCCGCGAUGAAAGAUAAGGCCAUACUGGCUAUAGAAUACAACAAAGAGCCAGAGGAGGAGGUCAAGCCAACUUCACCGCCUCCGGUUUCAGAGCCCGAAGUGGAACAAGAGCCAGAGCCUGAACCAGAACCAGAGCCAGUAAAAGAGGAAGCACCUGCUGCUGAACCAACAGACUUGCUGGGUCUGAAUGAAACACACCCUGCUGUGGCCGAGAUAGACGAGAGGAACGCUCUAGCGCUGGCAAUUGUUCCAAUAGAUGACGUGCCCCAGGCCGCUCCUGCUUUUGAAAAUGGAGUCACAGGCUGGGAACUGGCCCUAGUCACUGCACCCAGUUCAAAUGAAACUGCCGUCGCUUCAGGCAAAAAAUUGGCUGGUGGACUGGACUUGCUCACCCUUGACAGCCUAUACGAAGACGCGAACCGACGAGCGAGCCAGCCCGCGAGCUACAACCCCUGGGAGACCACCGGUGCCGCCCCGGCCCCGAUGAUGCAACAGCCAGCAGCAAUGCAGGACCCGUUCUACGGCUCAAACGGGUAUGCGGCGCCCCAUGCGGUGCAGAUGGCCGCCAUGGCCCAGCAGCAGCAGGCUUUCAUGCUUCAGCAGCAGAUGAUGAUGGCCAGCCACCACCCUCAGGCACAACAAUACCACCAGGCACAGGCGGCCCCAGCGAACCCAUUCGGCGCGAACCCGUUUGCGCCCGCCGGCGCCCAACACCCUUAUGGCGGCGCUGGCACCGGGAUGAUGCCCCUCCACGCCGUCCAGGGCAAUGCGUACACCGGGCUGAUCUAG